AAACGUAAACAAGGUUGAUCGGUGGCGUGAAAAAGAAGAUAAAUUUGGCCGUUGGUGCUGAGUGUCCUUCCCUUCGAUCCUGUGGCAAGAACGGCGAUCCUGUGGCCGCUUUGGUGAAUGUUUGUUCGUCGGUGGAUCGCUGUGUUACCACAAAUUAUGCCGUUCUAUGCGGUAGCCAAGGGCCGGGCGGUGGGCAUAUACAAAACAUGGCCGGAAUGUGAGGCACAGGUCAAAGGAUUCACCGGCGCUCGGUAUAAAAAGUUCAGCACGCAAACGGAGGCCACGGAGUUUAUUCGAGAGUUCGGAGGCGGAGGUUCUCUAGCAUCAGUGCGACAGUUUUCUACAUCGACCACAAAGCGGAGUUUGCCACCAUUCGAGGAUAGCGGAACUGCUGGUCAACCGUUGAACAAAAAACAGAGGAAAGCGAUCCUUCGUGAGUCCAAACCGAAGCCGGUGCUUAAGAUGGCCAGGUACGGAAAGCACUCCUUCCAGCAGGAUCAAGACGGCUAUGUGCACGUGUACACCGACGGGUCGUGCGAGGGCAACGGACAGCCAAAUGCGGCCGCCGGUUUGGGCGUUUACUUUGACGAGGGUCACGCACUAAACACCUCAAAACCGGUCAGCGGAAGGGCGACGAACAAUUGCGGCGAAAUACAGGCCGCUUCGGAGGCCAUUCGUAGGGCGCGGGAGCAAGGCGUGGAACGGCUGGCGAUCAACACGGACUCCAAGUUUCUCAUCGAUGCCACCACGCAAUGGAUGCCAGGUUGGAAGCAGCGCGGCUGGACGCUGGCCAGCGGAGGACCGGUAAAGAACAAGGCGGACUUUAUGGAAUUGGACCGCGAGAUGAACACCGGUAACAUGUCGAUCAAGUUCAAUCAUGUCGAUGCGCACAGUGGUAUCGUGGGUAACGAGCGUGCCGAUCAGUUGGCGCGCAAGGGAUCGGAAAUGUAUCGAGCGGAGCGUCGGAACACCGGCAAUCGUCGUUGAAAUUCGUCAUAUUUGAUGAAUAAAGAAAACCAAUGAAAAUUUGAGAAA